AUGCUGAAGAAGCAACGCAGCAAUACCUCCCUCAUCAAGCUCUUCCCAAGGAACUUCAUUGAAGUUAUGGAUUCAUCACCCAAAUCCUUGAAGGCACUUGAUCAGAAAUGUCAUCUUAUGGAGCAAACACCGGAUUAUGAUUAUGGUGUUGACAGAGUUUCCGAUUUGCCAGACGACAUACUUUGUCACAUACUAUCUUUUCUUCCCACAAGAUUUUCAGCGGCUACUACGUUCUUGUCAACUAGUAAUGGUAAAUAUGAGGUUGUGUUCGAUACCCCAGCUCUUAGUGUCCUCGAGUACUAUAAUGUUGUAGGCCACGCCUAUUCUUUAAAGAACUGGGGCGGUCUCUGUGAAGCUCACCUAGACCUUUGGGUCACUGAGGAACAAUGGGAAGAAGGUAGAUGGAAUUACUGCCAAAAUAUAGCAGAGUUCGUUGCAGCAUGCUCUGGUGUAGCCACUUUGUCCUUAUCUCAGAGUUGCAUAGUGGUGAGUGAGCUUCCUUUACUCUUUCAUGCUUUAAUCUCAUCUUCAGUAAGUAAAAUAUUUUGGAUUGCUUUAUUUUGA